AUGCGGCUGUUUCCCGGUGCCCCCGACUUGGACGAGCUGGAAGCCAGCCGGAAGCCAGCGGAGCUCAAGACAGACGAGGAGGUGGACGCCAAGAGACUCAAGCGACGGGCCAAGAAACGUAAGGCCAACGCCAAGAAGCUGCAGCGGAAACGAGAGCUGAAGCUACAGGAAAAUGAAAGUAAAGAGGAUGAUAGUAGAACGGACGAAGUCAAGUCGACGAAGCCAGCGAGCGAGGGCUCGAUGAAGGGGGAAAACGGGUCAUCGAAGAAGCGCAAGCAGCAAGCGAGCGACGCUUCCUCCUCCUCGUCGUCGUCUGACGAGGGCGAGGGCGAUGACGAGGGGAGCGCGAAGCCUGUCGCACAGGCCAUCAGCAAGCCGAAGUCUUUCUACGACCCUUUCGCGAAGAAGCGGAUCGUCGUAGAAGACAAGGAAACGAACGGGGCCGGAAGCAGCAGCAAGCCGCCGAAGCCAGCGAGCGAGGGCUCGAUGAAGGGGGAAAACGGGUCAUCGAAGAAGCGCAAGCAGCAAGCGAGCGACGCUUCCUCCUCCUCCUCGUCGUCUGACGAGGGCGAGGGAGAUGACGAGGGGAGCGCGAAGCCUGUCACACAGGCUAUCAGCAAGCCGAAGUCUUUCUACGACCCUUUCGCGAAGAAGCGGAUCGUCGUAGAAGACAAGGAAGCGCCGAAAGCAGUCAGCGACGACACACCAGCGAAGCCCGCGAGCGAGGGCUCGGCCAAGCAGUCAGUCAAGCAGUCGAAGAAGCGCAAGCAGCAAGCGAGCGACGCUUCCUCCUCCUCGUCGUCGUCUGACGAGGGCGAGGGCGAUGACGAGGGGAGCGCGAAGCCUGUCGCACAGGCUAUCAGCAAGCCGAAGUCUUUCUACGACCCUUUCGCGAAGAAGCGGAUCGUCGUAGCUGAAGAAGUCGCGGCCAAGGGGAAAGACGGGUCGUCAAAGAAGCAACGAUUGAAUGGGAAGGAUGAUGCACAGAGCGAGGUGUGUAAGGACAAGAAAGAAGCUUCUGAACCCAGCAGAGAUCUACCAGCUAAAGAGAAGGAAGGGUUUGUUAAGCACAUUCUCUUUCUCGGUCAGCUCCCCUUCGAUGUCACUGCUGAUGACAUCAAGCAGCACUUCGCAAGUUGCGCGCCACAUGAUCAGAUGAGCAUCAGAGUCCUAACAGACAGGGUCACGGGAAAGCCUCGAGGCAUUGCGUUCCUUGAAUUCAAGGACUCAACAGCAGCAGAAGCAGCGUUGUCGCUUGAUCACUCCAUCAUGCGCGGAAGGCGCAUCCGAGUGGAAAGAACCGCAAAAGGGUCCAGCAAGGACCCCAAGAGGAAGAGCGUCAUUUCGGAUUUGAAGCAAGAACAAGAUUUGGAACAUAGAAAGGCCGUGGAAAAGAUCUUGAGUUCAAAUCUUAACCAGAACAAGGGGAAAGGUAGCGUUAGUAAUCAUGACAUUGAUGAGGGGGUUAGAAACUUCCUUAUCUCUUUGUCAAUCAACAUGGUGAAUUCGGCUGUCAGCGAGAUGGCAAGUCUGGACCUUACAGGCGUCAACAACAGAUCAGCCUACAUCAUGGGCUUCUUAAAAAGCAGGGUCAAUCAGUGA